UGCGAGGGCCCCUCCGGAAGGUGAGGGGAAUGGAUUGGACUCCGGUGGGAAAAGCGGGUGUCUAGAAGUGGUGCUAAUGGGAAGAGAUUUCUGGUUUCAAAAGAGGAUGCUCCGCCACAAAGAGCGGCUCGCGCGCUGGCCUGGGCUCUAGCCGAGGAGAGAUCCCGGGAGAACUCCAGAGCUCGCGGGGAGCGCUCCUCGGAAGACCGGGGUCAACAUGCCUGUUCGCAGAGGGCAUGUGGCACCACAAAACACAUUUUUGGGGACCAUCAUACGGAAAUUUGAAGGGCAAAAUAAAAAAUUUAUCAUUGCAAAUGCCAGAGUGCAGAACUGUGCCAUCAUCUAUUGCAACGAUGGGUUCUGCGAGAUGACUGGUUUCUCCAGGCCAGAUGUCAUGCAAAAGCCGUGCACCUGCGACUUUCUCCAUGGGCCCGAGACCAAGAGGCAUGAUAUUGCCCAAAUUGCCCAGGCAUUGCUGGGGUCAGAGGAGAGGAAAGUGGAGGUCACCUACUAUCACAAAAAUGGGUCCACUUUUAUUUGUAACACCCACAUAAUUCCAGUGAAAAACCAAGAAGGCGUGGCUAUGAUGUUCAUCAUUAAUUUUGAAUAUGUGACGGAUGAAGAAAAUGCUGCUUCCCCAGAGAGGGUAAACCCAAUAUUACCAGUCAAAACUGUAAACCGAAAACUUUUUGGGUUCAAGUUCCCUGGUCUGAGAGUUCUCACUUACAGAAAGCAGUCCUUACCACAAGAAGACCCCGAUGUGGUAGUGAUCGAUUCAUCUAAACAAAGUGAUGAUUCAGUAGCCAUGAAGCACUUUAAGUCUCCUACAAAAGAAAGCUGCAGUCCCUCUGAAGCAGAUGAUACAAAAGCCUUGAUACAGCCCAGCAAAUGUUCCCCCUUGGUGAAUAUAUCUGGACCUCUUGACCAUUCCUCUCCCAAAAGACAAUGGGACCGACUCUACCCCGACAUGCUGCAGUCAAGUUCCCAGCUGACUCAUUCCAGAUCAAAGGAAAGCAUUUGUAGUAUACGGAGGGCUUCAUCCGUUCAUGAUAUAGAAGGAUUCAGUGUCCACCCCAAGAAUAUAUUUAGAGACCGGCAUGCCAGUGAAGACAAUGGUCGCAAUGUUAAAGGGCCUUUUAAUCAUAUCAAGUCAAGCCUCCUGGGAUCCACGUCGGAUUCAAACCUCAAUAAAUACAGCACCAUUAACAAGAUUCCACAGCUCACUCUGAAUUUUUCAGAUGUCAAAACUGAAAAAAAGAAUACAUCCCCUCCUUCUUCAGAUAAAACCAUUAUUGCACCCAAAGUUAAAGAUCGAACACACAAUGUGACAGAGAAAGUUACCCAGGUUCUCUCCUUAGGAGCAGAUGUCCUACCAGAAUAUAAACUGCAGACACCACGCAUCAACAAGUUUACAAUAUUGCACUACAGUCCCUUCAAGGCCGUCUGGGAUUGGCUUAUUCUGCUGUUGGUCAUAUACACUGCUAUAUUCACUCCCUACUCGGCGGCCUUUCUCCUCAACGACAGAGAAGAGCAGAAAAGACGAGAAUGUGGCUAUUCCUGUAGCCCGCUGAAUGUGGUAGACUUGAUUGUGGAUAUUAUGUUUAUCAUAGAUAUUCUAAUAAACUUCAGAACAACUUAUGUAAAUCAGAAUGAAGAAGUGGUAAGUGAUCCAGCCAAAAUAGCAAUACACUACUUCAAAGGCUGGUUCUUGAUCGACAUGGUGGCAGCAAUUCCUUUUGACUUGCUGAUUUUUGGAUCUGGUUCUGAUGAGACAACAACAUUAAUUGGUCUUUUGAAGACAGCUCGACUCCUUCGUCUUGUGAGAGUAGCCCGGAAACUUGAUCGAUACUCAGAAUAUGGGGCUGCUGUUCUAAUGCUCUUAAUGUGCAUAUUUGCCCUGAUUGCUCACUGGCUGGCUUGCAUUUGGUAUGCGAUUGGGAAUGUAGAGAGGCCCUACCUGACUGACAAAAUCGGAUGGUUGGAUUCCUUAGGACAACAAAUUGGGAAACGUUACAAUGACAGUGACUCAAGUUCUGGACCAUCCAUUAAAGACAAAUACGUCACAGCACUCUAUUUUACCUUCAGCAGUUUAACCAGUGUAGGAUUCGGGAACGUGUCUCCUAACACCAAUUCGGAGAAAAUCUUUUCAAUUUGUGUCAUGUUGAUUGGCUCACUAAUGUAUGCAAGCAUUUUUGGGAACGUAUCUGCAAUUAUCCAAAGGCUAUACUCGGGAACUGCCAGGUACCACAUGCAGAUGCUGCGAGUAAAAGAGUUCAUUCGUUUUCACCAAAUCCCCAACCCUCUGAGACAACGGCUUGAAGAAUACUUCCAGCACGCCUGGACUUACACCAAUGGCAUUGACAUGAACAUGGUCCUAAAGGGUUUCCCAGAAUGUUUACAAGCUGACAUCUGCCUGCAUCUCAACCAGACUUUGCUGCAAAACUGCAAAGCCUUUCGGGGGGCAAGUAAAGGUUGCCUUAGAGCUUUGGCAAUGAAGUUCAAGACCACUCAUGCACCUCCAGGAGACACCCUGGUUCACUGUGGGGAUGUCCUCACUGCACUUUAUUUCUUAUCCAGAGGCUCCAUUGAAAUCCUCAAAGAUGACAUUGUGGUAGCUAUUCUGGGAAAAAAUGAUAUAUUUGGAGAAAUGGUUCAUCUUUAUGCCAAGCCUGGAAAGUCUAAUGCAGAUGUAAGAGCCCUCACAUACUGUGACUUGCAUAAGAUCCAGAGAGAAGAUUUGCUAGAGGUUUUGGAUAUGUACCCUGAGUUUUCUGAUCACUUUCUCACAAACUUAGAGCUGACUUUCAACCUAAGGCAUGAGAGUGCAAAGGCCGAUCUCUUACUACGAUCACAGUCCAUGAAUGAUUCUGAAGGAGACAACAGUAAACUACGAAGAAGGAAAUUGUCAUUUGAUAGUGAAGGAGAGAAAGAUUUUGGCAAAGAAAGCACUACAAAUGAUCCCGAAGACUCUGUAGACACGAUAAGACAUUAUCAGAGCUCCAAGAAACACUUUGAAGAGAAAAAGAGCAGAUCGUCAUCCUUCAUCUCCUCCAUUGACGACGAACAAAAGCCUCUCUUCUCAGGACUUGUAGAUUCUCCUCCAGGAAUAGGGAAAGCAGCAGGACUUGGUCUUGAAGAAACAGUGCCCACCUCAGGAAGAAUUCACAUAGGUAAACGAAGUCACUCUUGCAAAGACAUCGCUGACCCAAGAGGCUGGGAACGAGAGAAUGCUGGGACUCAGGCUGACGAGUCCAGUCCCUCAGCACUUCAGCGAGCAGCUUGGGGGAUCUCGGAAACCGAAAGUGACCUCACAUACGGAGAAGUGGAGCAAAGAUUAGAUUUGCUUCAAGAACAACUUAACAGACUCGAAUCCCAAAUGACGGCAGACAUCCAGACCAUCUUACAGCUGCUGCAGAAACAAACCACUGUGGUCCCCCCAGCCUACAGUAUGGUAACCGCAGGAGCAGAGUAUCAGAGACCCAUCAUCCGCCUGACGAGAACCAGUCAUCCGGUAGCAUCCAUCAAGACGGAUCGAAGUUUCAGUCCUUCGUCACAAUGUCCUGAAAUGCUAGACCUUGAAAAAUCUAAACUUAAAUCCAAAGACUCCCUCUCAAGUGGGGUGCAUCUGAACACAGCUUCGGAAGACAACUUGACUUCACUUUUAAAACAAGACAGUGAUCUCUCUUUAGAGCUUCACCCCCCGAGGCAAAGAAAAACUUACCUUCAUCCCAUUAGGCAUCCUUCUUUGACAGAUUCAUCCCUAAACACUGUAGGAAUCUUGGGUCUUCAUAGGCAUGUUUCUGAUCCUGGUCUUCCAGGAAAAUAAUCAUUUUGUACUAUUACUCCACAUACAAUGUAAGUGCUUUUAAUGGCUGUUUUCCUUUUUGUAUUUAAAUCCUCUACUUGACUCAGGGGCUCACAAGGUACCAUUAUAUGCAAAAGUACUGUAUAUUUUCCUAAAUUGAAGCUUGUAAGGUAAAAUUGAGCAGUUAGGAUGUAAAUAUAAAUAUGAACUCUUUUGUUCCAAAUGUUAAAACUGCCAGCAUCUCAAGGCACCUUAUUUUUUAUUUUUAUUUUUUAAAUCACGUGCAUGUUAGGAAACUCCAAUUUCUCUUGCAUGGAGACUCCAAUUUACUGCUUUUGCUAAACCAGUACUUCGUUAUGAAAAUGCCUUCCAAGCAAAUAAGAAAGCAAGGAUACAACUCAGAUGAUUCUCAGCUUGUGGAAGUUCAAGGGGGAAGAAAGGGAACUUUGUCACUUUUGAGGACACAUACUCUUCUGUGUUGACAUGUUUCUAGUUGAUUACAUUCAUUCCAGCACACUGAAAAAAAAAAUACAGUUUUAGAGUUAUAAAUCUCUGACAGUGUAGGAAGCCAUCUCCAAAUACAUGAAUAUAGGCCAGCUUUAACGAGGACAAAAAGGCCUUUCUAUUUAAAAGCCUGUCUCUAACUGCAUUCACAAACUCCCUGAAAUAUUUUCCACUGGCAUAUUUCCUUGAAUGCUUACAAACAAGUUUCUCUAAUUUUUCUUUUGUGGGGUCAGGGUUGGGGGAUGGGAGAGAGUCUUCUCCAGAACUGCUAAAGCGCUACUGACACCAACUGACAUCCACAGCUUUCUUCUGACUCAUAUUUUAGGGCAACCCGGAGUUUUGAUCAGAUUGAUGCAUAUAGGCUUCUUUCCAAAAAAUGUACAAUUUCAGUGGAUUUGUGUAGCAAAAUUAGCUUGCAUUAAGUACAGGUUGUUCUAUGGCUUUCUAAUCCCAGCUGUAGGAAAACAGUGUGCAUUUACCGACUUACAAAGAAAAUGCACAAGCCAGCAGAAAAAUUAGUUUUAUUUGAUUAUUCAAACACGUUUGCUAAUGAAAGAUUAAGUGAACAUCUAUUAUAUAGUAUAUAUUGACUCCAAAGUAUCAGAGCAUACAGUGGAAUAUAUUUGAAUAUCUUCAACUGUUAGAUCAUUUUGGAGUGAUGAUGGUACAUGCCUCUCAUAAAAUCAGGGUACAGAAAAACUGCAAGUUAAUUUAAGAUUCUGAUCAGUCAAUUUCUCAUUAAGAAGUUUUAUUUUUCAAUUAAUUUGAAUACAAUUUUAAACUUACUGUGGACUGAUCCAUUGUAUCCCUUCCUUCUGAACAACAUUUUAACACUUUUUGAAAGUUUCUUCAUCCUUUACUAAUUCUUAGACUCACAUAUAUUUUUAAAUAAACAUCAUAUCUGUGCACCUAAUUAUAUGGAUUAAUAUCUAUCCCUCCAGGAUAGAAAUAUAAUCUAUUAACUUACCUUUACCUUUGACGCUAGUAUAUUAUUUUCAAAUGCAAGCAAUUUAUUUAAAUUUAUAAAAACAUUACACUACUUAAAAUGUGAUUACAAUGGCCUUAGAUGGCUCCCUAUAUAUUUUUUAAUGGCCACAUAAAUUGAUCAUCUGUGUGGAAGGCAAUCUGUAGGCCUUCUGUAGGCAAUCUGAGAAAACAAAAAUGUAAGUGAUCAAGUACAUGUGACAAAAUGGCUAGUUGAUUCAAUAAAAGCAUAGUAAUUUAAACCAGCUUUCCAAACCAUUUGGCGUUGUGCAGAUACAAAUUUAGGAACUAACUGAUGCUUUCCUUUCCUCAUUCAACAAACAUUUAUGGGUGCCUAGCAGGGGAGAGAGAAAUGGCUAAAGCUGAUUCAGAGGACGACAUAGGGAUUUUAUUUUCAUAUUUAGGCAGAUUUUUGCAGCUGCAACCAAUUUUAUAAGGAUUGUUGGUCAAGCUCCAGGGAAAUUCAGAGUGAAUUCACCAGAGAGUGUUCAUUUGUAGGGAGAGAGGAUUUGGCAGGUGAGGAAUUUAGAUCUGAUUGUUGGAUUAGUGAAUGCUUCAGCUGCAUCAUUUGGUAUGACAUGCAUACAAUUCAGCUUUGCACGUAAAGCCUCUGUACGUCCUUAUAAAAAGUAAGCGUGAAGGAAUAGGAAGAUAGGGAAUGGUGUGCGAGCGUCCAGCUUGUUUAAAUUCCAGUACAACAUAAUCCUUUUUUCUUCUUUAUUCCUCGACAGAAAAGAAUUGCUUGAUAUUAAAAUCCAUGUCUCAGAGAGCUGGACAGGAUUAGGAAGGUCCCUUCCUACAGGAUAUUAGCUUUAAAAGAGCCUGAGCAAUAUAAAGAUGUGGUCAGUGAGGCAUGAACCUCAGAAGACUCAAUGGUUACAAUGACUUAAACCAAAGUAAUUAUCUUAACUUACAAAAUUCAUCCUCCUGUCCCAGCCAGAUAUCUACUGCUUAAAAUCACUGUCACUUUCCUCAUGGGCUGUAGCAAAAACAGUCUGGCCCUUCCAUCUUGGGACCCUACUGAGAGCCAGGUUUAACUGCUACAGCCAGUAACAGCAGUAUAACAACUGCUCUCCUUCUAGGUAAAAAUUAACAUAACACCUUUUGCUUCUCACUUAAAAAUAAUGUUACCUGGUCUCCAGGCCUAAAUAAAACGGCAUCUAAAACUUAAAGUUUAUUUGGGUUAGAUGUUUUCUGAUGUUAUUAAUUGCUGAGCAGAGAUGUGAAAGACUUAUCAGUUUACCCUAGAGCGGAGUCCCAUACUCUAAUUAGUUGAUGAGAAAACCAGGAAUAAAAAAUGCUGAAGCAGUGUUCUCGUGGGGUUUUAAAAUUAAUAAUCACUCAUUCAACAAACAUGAGAAGGCAGGCGCAUAUCUGGGACAGCAUAGGUUCUCAAGUCCAUUACAGUGGCUUGCUCAUCAGCACUGGGUCUUCUGACUCUUCCAGUCAGAAGACAAGGAAGCCAAGUCAGGCACAGUCACUACUGUGACUGUGUGUGUGUGGUUGAGGGUUGCUUCUGAGGUCCUUUUGGAGGUUGAUCUUUAGCAAUGCUUCUCAGAUGCCCAAAAGACUAAUGUCCUUAUCCAAAUGAGAUUUUGAAAUCCCACCAUACAUUAUCAAAGGAUAAAAUUUAUCACCUGAUCUGCCAAUCUAAAAUAAUAAUUACUAACAACUGUGUCUUUCCUCUGAAUUCUUUUUAUGAUUAAAAAAAAGGAAUCUGGUAGAACUAGUUAAAAGUGAAUAAAAGUGAAGCAUAAAAAUACGUAUCCAUGGUUAAAACCAA